AUGUUCUGCGACCGUCUCGGGAUCCGUUUGGUACUAUGCCAAGUUUGUCAAGCUGACUCUGGGCUGGGCGUCGUUGCAACAGCAUGUAUGAGGAAUCCUGAGCUACCGUACUGUAAGGAGCUCGAUAAGCAGAAGGUCGAACAAGAUGAACACAGAAAAAUCCUUCUUGAUCGGCUACAGCAAAUGGAAACACGCAAGAAAGCAAAUAGCACCAGAAGAGCUCAUGAUAUACCGUUAGCUGAGGAGGAUAGAGUCUGGCUUACCAAAAUCGCCGAAUCGAUAGAAAGAUUCAAACGAGAUCCAUUUUCGGAUAUUGAAAACGCAAAGAUAGUGAGGAAAUCCAACUCCACUUCUCAGAAAGCGUCUCACAGCGACUCCGAUUUGAGAGAGGAGGAAACUAGCGGCAGUGGAGCUCAAGAGUCAGAAGAAGGCCUAAUCCGUGAGGAGCAGCCCGUCACUAGCCAUGCACUGAAGGAAAAAGAGAACAUACGUGGCCACGGUAAGUGA